AUGAAGCCAUUUGGAUCAACUAUGAGGCCUAGACUUAUUUUCUACCGAGACAUGUCCGGUCCAAAACCAUCAUAUUGCGAGCUAGCUACAAACCAAUCUCACAAGGCCAACAACCCGCCCGACCAAGAGAGGAGAGCCAAUGAUCCUCCUAAUCCAGCAGAAGCUAGAGCUGACCAGCCAGCACCGGCCAGAGACGUUCCUCCGCCCAAUCCGAACGCGCCCGAUGCAGCUGAGCCGCUACAGCCACCUCUUAACCCGCCGCGACCACCACCGGCGUUUGCAAAUGGACAUCAUCGUCACGGUGACAACCAAGGGAUGCCUCAAGACCAACCUCACGCACCUCCAAGGAGAGUGCCAAACGCGCAGCAUCCAAGGCACCAAACUAUGGGAGACUUUGAUUCGUCCGAUGCUUUCUUUAUGGAUCGGAAUCCAAUCCGACCGCCUCUACCUCCAAGGAACGAUUUUGAGAUCAAACCGCAGAUCAUUGCCUUGGUGAAGCAAAACCAAUUCCAUGGUUUGCCCACUGAGCAUCCUCUUGAUCACGUCGACACCUUUGAGGAGAUAUGUAGCACAACUCGUGUUAAUGGAGUAUCGCCGGAUUACUUCAAGUGCAAGCUAUUCACUUUUUCUCUAAGUGACAAGGCGCUAAGAUGGGUAAAAUCUUUACCACCUCAGUCCAUUACAACAUGGAAUGAAUACAAGGGAGCUUUCUUGAACCAAUUCUACACUAAGCAAAGAUCCAACUCUAUAAGGAGCAAGAUUUCUGGUUUCAAGCAAGAUUCAAUGGAGUCAUUCUAUGAAGCUUUGGAGAGAUUCAAGGAGUACACAAGAAGCUGCCCUAACCAUGGCUUUUCAGAAGGUAACCUUUGGAACAUCUUUUACAAUGGGAUUGAUCAUAAAUACAAGCUUUCUCUCGAUACCGCGAGCAAUGGUAAUUUCAUGACCAAGUCGGUGCCGGAGGCAAAGCUUUUGAUUGAGAAUCUCGCUGCUAGUGAUGCCAAUGCAUGCCCUGACUACAAUAGAAGCGUGAAGACCACGAGCUCAUCAGAAUCAGCUCAAAUCUCGGAGCUAAGGAACAUGGUCUCACAACUACUUAAAAGCCGACAAGGAGUUCACGCCAUUGAAGAUGCCCUAGCCACAAAUGAAGACACUCUUAUGGAUUUCAUGAGAGAUGGCGCUGAAGAGAAUCUAGAGGAAGUCAACUACAUUGGAGGAAACUAUGGGAAUAGAGGAUUCAAUCCACCAUUUCGCGCGCAUCCAAACCUAUCAUACCGGAGCAACAAUGUGGAGAAUCCAAAUGACCAAGUCUACCCCAAUCAAGGAGCGUAUCAAGGAGGCCAAUACCAAUCCAAGCCACAACAAGUCUAUCCAAGAGGGAUGUACCAAGUGAAGCAACCAUUCACUUUUUCUCAAGAAACAAAUCCAACCCAAACCGGAGAGAAGGUUGACGUGGCGUUGAAGAAAUACAUGGAGGAGCAGAGAUUGAUCACCAAGAACCUAUAUGAGAAGCUUGAUCACAUGUUUGGUGAUCUAAGCAGCAAGUUUGGGUCUCUCUCUACUCACGUUCAAAAGCUUGAGGUGCAAAUCGCUCAAACAGCCGAGGCGGCCAAGAAACAAAAUGAGGUAAACACUCAAAAAUUUUGUAGUGUUGUCUCAUCUAUAGAUGGCACAAUUGUUCCUACACUAUCUCAAGGGGAAGAAGAAGAAAAUGAGCCUGAGGAGAGGCACAAACCGGAGAGAUACAAUAUCAACUCCAUCUUACUUCCAACCUUUGACGAAUAUGGAGCUGAAGAGGAGACUAAUGGUGCACCUAAUCUCUUUCACAAGAUAAGAAUCUUUACACCAAAAGAUUCGGAGCUUAAAGGUGACCAAUCCAUUGAAGAGAAGCUUGAGAGAACUAUGAAGCUUUUCCCCAAGGCAUUGGUUUUCAAAGAUGAUGUGAGAGAUGACUAUGGCGCGACAACACCACCACAAGAAUCCACUGAACCGGAGAAUGGAGAAGCUAAAGGGAUCCUUUGCCCUUCAGCCACUCUUCACCACGAUUGA